AACAUGACAUCCGUAAGCUUUUUCAUGCUAUAAUUAAUCUCAAUAUACAUUAACAAUUUACGAUUGCAGAGAGAAAUGCAGUAAAAUUCGAAUUUAAAAUCUUUUUAUCUCCAUUUUGCAAGAAUCAAUUCAAUAUUUUUCCACCCUCAUUUUAAGGGGUUUAAAAUUCAAUGGCUCAUAUGAACAUAAGUUGUUCGGAUAGCCUGAUAGUCUAAUAGCUCCAUCCUCCAUGGGACUUCAAAAUUCUGCUCAGUGCCCCCAGUUUUGACAUUUGUUUGAGCUACCACUUGGCAAUUAUCUUGGAAUCUGUUUGCACAGGAUUUCUCCCAGAUUUUCCUCAAACUCCUAUUAUUUCUCUUUCAGUUCAACCCUCUAGCAGAUAUUUUGCUUGAACCUCUCUCUCUUUAAUUCUCUUAAGUUGGAUAAGAAGUUGUUUCCUUUUUUAUUCCCUUCUGUUGCAAGCAUCUCAUCCCAAUUAAGAAAUGUCAUGUCUUUCUCCUGUCACAACACUGUCAUUGUCAUGCAUGAUGAUGGUGAGCUGUCCGUCAAUUAUCUUUUCAGUAUUUUUUCUGAAGACUUUUUCCCUGAUUUCUGAACAGGAAAUGGAAAUGAAUUUUAUCUGCUGUCAUCAUUUUUCCUGUCAUUUCUUUGUUUGAGAUUGGUCAUUCUCUUUCUCUUGUACUUCUUCUACUUCUUGCUUUACCAAGAGUCCUACCAGGAUAGGAGUAUGCAUUAUAUUCAAAUUCAAGCAAUGAGAAAGCCAAGAUUCAAUUGCAGGCAACAGCUUUGAUUCAAAUACUUUUUUCAAAAAAGACUGUUUAUCAGUUUCCUUGAUUGUCGUAUCUUUGAAUUUAAAUACUGUAACCUGGUGAAUGUUUUCAUCAUUGGCCACUCGCCUUGUCCUGAUUGCCCAUUCUUGCCAUGGCUAACGAUAUGAAGUUAAAAGAAAGUGUCUGCAUUGCAUUGCAUUGAAUUAGCAGACACUAUCUAUUCUGACAAACAACCACUCAAAAUUUUGAGGAAGCAGAGAUGAAGCUGCCAGGCACAGGGCCUAAGCCAUGAAAUCCAAGCUCAAUAUGCAGAAGCAUUGCCCCAAAAUAAUUUUCCGGCCAGCUUGUUCCAUUCUCAUAUUAGGCGUAUGUGGAUAUUUAACCUUAAAGUUGUGCAUGCUGACCAAACAAACUAGAAACAGUGUCAUGUCGGAUUCAUAUGUACAAGGCGAGAAAUCAUUUUUGGGUAUUGAAGCAACUUCGAGAUUGCUACUUCCUCUAAACACAUCAGCAUUGAAUUUAGCAAGAUCACUGAGUUCAAUUCUAAAUGGAACUGAACUACCAUUUGUUGCAAUUCAAACAAAGAUUGCGCCAGUAUUGUUUGUUGCCCUCUCAACGAUUCCACAUCUAGCACAGAUUUCCUACAUUGGAUUGAAUGGACUAAUUUUUUCAUAUUACAAUGACAAGGACCAGAAGGUAGCAGUGUUUUCCAACACUUCCUUUUCUUCGAAUUGGUAUAGUAUGCCAGUGAACCGUGAUACUGGGAUGUUAUAUGGGGAGGCUGUUGCUUCGAAAGCUGUGGUUAGCAUGAACGAAAGCUGGUUUCAGGAAUCCUUGAAUCGGACGAAUGGGUACUGUUCACUAGGCAAAGGAUGGAACAAUGCUCAAGAUAGCCUAUUUUUUACCACUGUUGCUAUGGAUGGAAGGGGUGUUGUAUCUGUUGGAUUUCCUGCUAAAGUGGUUAUCGAUCAUUUCGCUGCAUUAGAUUUUAACGGAGGGGAUUUUCACCUGGCUACUGCUGAAGGAGAUGUGAUUGUGCAAACAAGGCUUCCAAAUACUGAGAUAGUAGUACAGAAUAGCACAGUGUCUGUUCAAUCACUGAGACCUCGUGGUCACCAAAUACGUGGUGUAGGUAAUGUUUCAUGUGUAUCUGCUGAUGGGAAAUUAGGAUCCUUUAAUGGCAGAAUCAUGGGAGAGAAGUACACAUUUUAUUGCUCCACCAUUGAGAUUGCUGGAGUUCCUUCUGUAUAUGUGUUAGCUUAUCCCAGCAAUAAGCUGGUAGGCCAAAUCCAAAAGAACAGCAAGCUAUCAUUGAUGCUUCUCAAGCUCAUGUUUAUAUCCAUAGUUGUGGCAGUCAGCAUCUUCAUUUUCUUCACCAUCAGAGCUGCAAAAAGAGAAAUGUUCUUAUGUGCUGCUUUAGUGAAGCAAAUGAAUUCAACUCAACAAGCAGAGCGCAAGAGCAUGUUCAAAACUCAAACCUAUUUGAGGGCAAACCAUGACAUCCGAUCUUCCUUGGCAGCAAUCACAACUUUGCUGGAUCUUUGUCAUGAUGAAGUCAAUCCUGCCUCCGAGUUAGCUGAAAAUUUGGCUCAAACAAAGACUUGUGCAAAGGACCUCCUAGGCAUAUUAAAUUCUGUUCUGAAGAUGAGUAAAAUUGAAGCUGGGAAAAUGGAUCUUGAAGAAGAAGAAUUCAACUUGGCUCAACUCCUUGAGGAUGUUGUUGAUAUGUUCUAUCCUUUAGGUAUCAAGAAGGGCAUAGAUGUUGUGCUUGAUCCUUGUGAUGGUUCCAUUGGGAAAUUAUCUCUGGUGAGAGGCGACAGAGUUAAGCUCAAACAAAUUCUAUGUAACUUACUCAGCAAUGCUAUCAAGUAUACAUCAGAAGGUCAUGUCUCAGUUCGUGCAGUCGUCAAGAAGAGAAGCUUUGAGAAAAAAAUCAUUGCUUCUAAUGGCAAUGCAGUAUUGAAGUGCCUAUCGCAGUUGUUCUGCAAGACAGAAGACUAUGAGGAUAUAGAUGCCCUUCAUAGAGCUGAACAGAAUCUCAACAAAAUGGAGUUUGAAUUUGAGGUGGAUGAUACAGGCAAGGGAAUUCCCAAAGACAAGCAAGCAUCUAUUUAUGAAGAGUUUUUUCAGGUUAAGGAAACAGCUCUUGCCGGUGGCCGGGGUCUUGAAGAAGAAGGUUGUGGUCUGGGACUUGGCAUUGUCCAAUCUAUUGUGCGCCUGAUGGAUGGAGAAAUAGGAAUUGUUGAGAAAGAGCCUGGUGAAAGAGGCACUUGUUUCAGGUUCACUGUUCUGCUUACCGCAUGUCAACCUGAGGUGGCUGAACCUUUAGAAGACUCUCCGAAUGGAUUUCAUCCACAUUUUUCAUUUAUCAGGAACCCUGCAGCUAGAUCAGAGGGAUCCCAUUCCCAUGUGAUUCUCUGCAUAACUGGGGAGGAAAGGAAGAGAGUUUUAAAGAGAUACAUAGAGAACUUAUACAUAAAAGUGACAUUAGUAAAACAAGGGAAGAGUCUUCACCAAGAGCUUGAAAAGAUAAAGCGCAAGUUGGAUUUUUCUCACUGCAAUCAUUCUGGGAAGCCCGAUUUGAGAUUAAUCGACUACCUCACCAAAUCUGCAUCAAACAGUUCUGAUUCAGGAGCAAGUGAUCCACAUUUUGGCAUCAAGGAAGGAAGUGACAGUGUUUUGCCACAAUUCAUAAAGAGCAACUCUAGAAGUGGUGUACCUUUCACGGUAGUUGUAAUCGAUUCCAGUGCUGGUAAUUUCUCCGAAUUGUGCUCUGCUGUUGCCAGCUUCAGGACAGACAUUCCCGAUUCCUUGUGUAAGGUUGUUUGGUUAGAUAACCCUGUCACUCGUACACUUCUGAGAGACGAGCAGGAUGCCAGGCUAAUCCCUCCAUGCGAUCACCUCAUAUAUAAACCUUUCCACGGAUCACGCUUGACCCAAGUUCUCCAUCUGCUUCCUGAACGCAAAGGCCCAUCUCAUUGCAACUUCCCCAAGUUAACAAACCAGACAGCAACCCUGGAAGCCAUGCAUUCUGCUAACACGAACCGUUCAAAGGAGACUGAGUCCGGGCCCUCACUGCAGAAGAUGGUGAUACAGAAAACUGACGGGAAAAGAAUGGGGAAACCCUUAAAAGGGAAGAAGUUUCUGGUGGUGGAAGAUGAUAAGCUGUUGCGCAGGUUGACAGUCACCAGUCUUGAGAAACUGGGAGCAGAAGUUGAAGUCUGUAUAAAUGGGAAAGAGGCCUUGGAUGAAAUCUGCAAGAAUUUGAGAGAGAAAAAGGAAGGGAACUCCUCCCAGGGUGUCCGCCAGGAUUACAUCAUCAUGGACUGCGAGGUACUUUUACUAACUUCUGGGUUUCAACAUGGAAGUUCUAAGAAGUAUGAAAACAUGUCAUUGCUCUGUUUCUUUUUGCAGAUGCCGGUGAUGGACGGGUACGAAGCAACGAGACUGAUACGAAUGGAGGAGGAGAGGUAUGGUGUCCAUGUCCCCAUCAUAGCGGUAACAGCACAUGCUAUGCCAGAGGAAGCAAACAGGACUAUUGGCGCUGGGAUGGAUUUCCAUUUGACUAAACCAUUGCAAGUGGAUAAAUUGCUAGAGGUUAUUCAAAGGAUCGAUAGUAAAUGAACAAAAAGGAGGAAGAAAAACAGAGUAGUUUUUGCAGAGUAGGGCAUCCUUUUCUUUCCUGAAUUGGAAACAGAUUUUUUAGCUGGAAAUUAAAUUUCAAUGAAGUUCGUGUUGGCAGUUGCAUUGUUUCUCUAUCAGGCCCAACAAUCCCGAUGAAUUCAUUUUCAAAUUUAUAAGUAAAGUAACGAAUUCAAUUUCGAAUUCAUAUCUGAUAAUUACAUAUAUCAUGCUAAAAAUAUAAAUAUUUGCUAAAAAAAUAAAUAAAACUUAUUGAUUUGAUUUUUGAUAUUUUACAUGUAAAUCUAUGAAUUCAUCUUUAAAUAAGUACUUAUCAUACCAGAAAAUACUAAUAUUUGCAGAGAAAUUAAAGGAAAAGGCAGAGGCGUCAAACAUGUAAAUGACCUGAAUUGUUCAAAGUAUUUCACAAAUCUGAUCAUCAAAUGAAAAAACACAUCAUCCUCUUUGUUGUAAAAGGCCCACAAUUAAAAUCAGAUUUAUAAAAAGACAAAUCACCCACAGUUCAGUUUGCGUGCAGCCUUUCAAUUUGUUUUCCCCUCUAACAGAAAACUCCUACAGCUACAAAUUUAAAAAAAGAGCUAACUG